GCUAGGUUGUGCAUAGAAGUUGCAGUACAAAUUGAUAGCAUGCGUUCACCGGUUUAGGAAUCAAUUUACGUGUGUUGGCUGCAUUGGUUAGAAGCCCACAGCGGUCCACAGUACAGUAUGAAUCAGAAUUUUCCAGUAUUUGUGGUAUCAAGUGUGGCCUAAGUUAAUGCUGCAUUUUGGCUGGAUGUGAUUUGUUCCCGUCUUACUCGUAUGUGUUGUUGGGGAUGCAGCCGAUUUUCAGGGCAAUUGAGGUGUGGCUGAGAUGGACAUGAAGGAAAUGAUAAACAUGAGCAAGGAGGAAAUGAUGAAUGUGAAUAUGGAAGACAUAACAGAUGUUAACUUCAAUGACACAGCAGAAGUGGAUAUGUCGGUGAUGUCAGAGGUGAAUGUUGAUGAUUUGAUGACAGAUGUGGCAGAAGUACAGACGAUACUGCAGUGCAGUAACAUCGGUCAGAUGAUCGACGUCAAUGAAAUUUAUGAGAAGCUAGAAGAAUUGACGUACAUCGGACGAGAGCAACGAAUUGAGUAUGUCGCCACCCAGCUACUUCACAAGUUGGGUGUUAUUGUCGAACAAGAUGUUGCCCCAGAAGAGCGUGUGUUUAGAUUUUCCAUACAAAGUAGCGAGGUUAAUCUUGUUGAAAGUCCGCCAUGGCCACACGAGAGAGUUGCAGCCUCUGAAGUUUAUGAGUCAGGUGACAGAGGAACUGAAAGCAGUAUGUUAUACAGUAAUGAUAUUGCUCCUGCUGCUGCUGCUUGUGAAAAUUACAUUACUGAGCCUUCUCAUGAUUUCUGCCCAAAUUUUAUGAGUGUUCCUGCACCAGAUGUGAUUUUCACCAACUCUCUUAUUAGUAACCAAAGCCAGACUGAACAUAGUAAUGUAGAGAUUCAGAGUGACUGUUGCAGAGAGUAUGAUCCUGAUGCCGAAACUCUGUUUCAUGAAGCAGAGCUAAUAUACAGCAUUUUACCACAUCAUGAUUUUGAGCAGAUCUAUGCGUGUCUUGAAGCCAACAGAGAGUGUGACGUACGGGUCGAUAUUGUGACAGAUAUGUUUAUGCAGAUUGAUGCUGAAAGUGGAGUAGCACAGUUACCAAGUGUAGAAGUGACACCAACCAGUAGUGUGGACACCAGUCAUGGGGCAUCAGUCAGGACCAAUCUUGCAUCUGUGUGCGCCUCGUCCAUAACUCCCUUGAUGACUCCUUCAGUUGAUGAGAUUGCAGCAUGUCACAAUCAGACAGCUGCACAUGAUGCGAAACUUCAUUCCGUUAAACAUUCUGAUGGUGCCAGUCCUUCACUUCCGCAAAAAAUGUCAGCAGAUGCUGGCCUUAAAGGUGGAAACUUCUCAGGUUCGGAACAUCGAGAUCAAGAAGGGUGCCAAGGAACCGAUGGAAACGUUGAAUGUGAACAGAUGCAGAUUUUUCAUAAUGUUGACGUUGAUAUUGAAAAUGCACACAAAAAUGUGACAGAUAAACUUAAAAUUGAAGCAGAGUAUAGUAAAGGCAACAAUAAUGAAGAAGGUGAGGAAUUGACACCAUUAUCUAUCGAACAGACAAUACAUGAAGAAAGUGUUGAAGUGAUACCACUAUCCCCAGAACAUCAAGUUAACAAAGAAAGUACUGAAGUGAUACCACUAUCUGUUGAACAAAAUGAUGAUGAAGAAAAUGUUGAGAUGUCACCAUUUUCUAUCAGACAGACAGUACAUGAAGAGAGUGUAGAAGUGAUACCAUUAUCUCCAGAACAGGAAGAUAACCAAGAAAGUGUUGAAGUGAUACCUUUGUUUGCUGAACAGAAAAUAAGCAAAGAUGAUGAUGAAGUUUUGUCAUUAUCUGCUGAACAGAAAGAUAACAAAGAAAGUAUUGAAGUGACGCUGUCUUCAACAGCUAAACAAAGAAUGUCCGAAGAGAACUUUGAACUUGCACCAUCUUCAUCAUGCAAAAACACCAUGGAAUUGGCAGCUGCAGAAAAUGGAGAUGAAGUGUUUGACCGAAUCAUUUCUGAUGAAGGGGAGGAAGGAACACUUUCAUAUAACUCAUGCAAGGAACUGGAUGGCAGUUCAGCAAACCCAAAACGGAGAAGAUGCAUGUAUAAAACUGGUGGUGGUUCAAAUUAUGGUAUAGUUUAUGAAAUUUAUGAAAAUCGUCCAUCUUAUGUACCAGAAAUAGUGCCGUCACAAAAUCUCAGUGAGACAUCAACUUUAUCCUUUGACUCACAAGAUUCAACUGAUGUAGAUUUCAGCAGUGUGCAUUUUGCAGACUUGAAGUUAGAUGAGUUGCAUCAAGAAAUCAGUGAUGUUAUAACUGACUUUGAAACUGCAAUUCGAAACUCUGACACUUUUGCAGCAGAAAGGUUUGAAAAUGAAUCCAGAUGUGAUGGGCUUGCCACUGUGACUAAACAGGAAAAAGACUGUGAUUCUUCUUCAGUGGUUGAAGUGGAGGACUGCAGUAACACAUCAUUUGAACAAACCAGUGCCUCAUUUGGAUCCACACCCACAGAUGAUUUAUUUCAUUUCCAGGGGAGCCUAGAUGAAGAGCAAGGUGACAAAAUUGUGGACAAAUUACUGGAGCUAUUUCCAGAUGCUGACAUUGACUUUUUGACAGAGGUCAGCUGUCAGUUCAAAUCACUGACGGAUAUGGCGAACAGGGUAUUAGAAUGUACUGAAAUAGAACAAAAAAAGGAUGAUGUAAGUGACACACUAAUUGGGUCAGUGUCACCUGUAGGUGCAUUAGUAUCGAAGCCACCGGCUCAGGGGUGUCGUAAGAAGGAAAUAACGUAUGAAGAGUUUGAAUCAUCUCUGCCACAUGUUGAUCCAGUGUUCCUGAUGAAGAAGUGGGAGAUGAUAGGAAAUGAUUAUAAUGCGGUGAAGGAAUUUAUUGCUGAGCAGAUGCAGGAGACAUCAAAUAACUCUCAGUACCAUAUGUUGUUAUCAUUGUUCCCACAUGCAGACCCCACAUUCUUGCGUGAAAAAUGUGAUGCGAUUGGUAGCAAUGAAGCUGCUUUGAAAGAUUUCAUUGAAGAACAGUCAAGAAAUAAGGUAGAUUCGCAAUACCAUACACUCCUAGCAAUAUUUCCUCAAGUCGAUCCGGGUUACCUUCGCGAGAAGUGCGUUGAGAUAGGUAGUGAUGAAGCAGCAAUGAGGGAAUUUGUUGCAGAGCAGCUGAAGAAGAAUGAAAAAGAUGACCAUUACCAGAAUCUAGUGGCCAUGUUCCCACAUGCAGACCCUGCCUUCUUGCGGGAGAAUGUGCAGAGGAUAGGAGACGACGAAGAUGCCAUGCGAAUAUUCGUCACACAGCUGUUGGACGAGGUGGAUGGCGUCAAGUUUGAGACGCUGCUCUCUGUGCUUCCCGAUGCAGAUCCAGAAUAUCUCCGUGCUACAUUUCACAGGAUUGGGAAUGAUGAGGAGGGUAUAAAAGUAUUUCUUUUGGAGUCACUUGAAAACAAGGACUACCCGACGCGAGAGGCAUUUCUCAAACGUCAAGAAAUGGCUGCCUUACGGAGGAAGUACAAAGAGGAAUUUAGUAUCGAGGACUUUAUUGAGAUGAUUCCUGAUCCGUGGAAGCAUUUUGGUGAGAAAGACAACAGUAACAGCAGUGAGUUGAUAAGGAAUCAUGGAAUGGCAUACUUGGAGACGCGAUACAAAACGAUAGCUCGGAAUGAUAUAAAAAUGUUGUUUCAGAAGAACAAUUAUAACUUGACAUUGACGUGUAUGGAUCUGGAUAGCUGGACUGGACCCCUUAGUCUACCUUGUAACACUUGCACUGUACCAGACACAGAGGAUAUUCCCGUGUCAUUUUUCCAAGAGGUUGCCUUCAUUGAAAACAAACAAAGGAUUAAAGACUUCAUUCUUAGAAAAGAACAUAGGAAGAAAGAAGCUUUCGAAAUGGCGAAAGCAAGAGGUGAGCUACUAGAGUGCAUGUGCUGCUUUGACUCUGAAGUCAUGGCCGAGGACAUGGCUACGUGCACAGAUGGACAUCUGUUCUGCAAGGAGUGCAUCAGGAGGGCAGCAGAAGUUGCAAUUGGAAAUGCACAGAGCGGCUUCUCAUGUCUCACCACCUGCAAUGCAGAGUUCAGCCUGAAGGUCUUAAGGACGGUGUUGAAGCCGGUUUUGUUUUCGCGGAUGGUGCAAAUGAAACAGCUGGAGGAAGUACAGGCUGCUGGCAUCCAGGACUUGGAGAGUUGUCCAUUCUGCGACUUUGCAACCAUUCCACCCCCUGACAGCAAAGUGUUCCUAUGCUACAAUCAGAAGUGUAUGCGGGACUCCUGCAGAAAAUGCAAGAGGCCUAAUCACAUUCCUCUACGCUGUGAUGAAGUCGAAUCCAAAGAAGUGAAAAUGCGGACUUACAUUGAGAACAGGAUGACAGACGCUUUGGUGCGGUCUUGCUGGAAGUGCAAGAAGCAGUUCAUUAAGGAAGCUGGUUGCAACAAAAUGACAUGUACCUGUGGUGCAAUCAUGUGCUACAUCUGUCGCCAGCCUGUAACUAAUUAUUCACACUUCAACGGACAAGGGGGCACUGAAUAUCACAAAUGUCCACUUUACAGUGAUCUACAAGUGAUUCAUGAUGUUGCAGUUCAGGAGGAAGGAAUUAAAGCCAAAAAAAUAGUUCAGGCAGAAAAUCCAGAUAUUGAACUGAAAUACGAUCCAACGCAGCCUGUGGGACUGCCGCAUUGAAAGUUUGUGGGCUGCCACACGCUAUUUUUAUAUGUUCCUGAUGUGGCUGUUUUCUGCGGAAACUAAUGUAUUUUUCAAAAUAUGUUUUAUGUUAUGGAACAAGUUCCCUGGGAUAUUGCUUCAUCAGACUUUUUCUUUUAAAUAUGCUACGAACAAUUUCCUUGUAUUCUGUUUUGUACUCUCAUUUCUAUGUACAUUGCUCUAUAUUUACAUUUAUUCCACAAAAUAUGCCAGAUAAACACAUUUCCCAUCUUAAAAAGAAAGCAAGAUUAUUAUUCAAGCAAUUUCAUUUGUAAUAUAAAUAUCCCUGGGAAAUGUCUGUAGUUAUUGGGAUUGUGCCAAAACAGGUUAGGGGACAGGGGGAAGGUAAAGGGAAAUGGCACUGUUGCAAUUAUUUAAGUAUGAAUAUGAUACGCUUGCCAUGGAUUGAUAUUCUGAGAUAUAAUUUGUAUGAACUGGGAAGAUAAUUGGUGUAGGGUCAUUGAAGUUUAUAGAAAUGAGUACAGUGUAAGAACAGCGUUUACAAGCAGUGAGUGUAUCCAUGUGGGAACAGACGCAGGAGGUCGGUGUCUUGUAUCGAAGAUAGAUCUGUCAUUCAGUGAUCUUGUACUUGCUGUAUAGUCCUCAGAAAUUUUGACCCCCUUUACAAGAGAUGCAAGCUGCUCUGUCAUCAGUCAUGGCAUCCAUCAUUAGGUUUCUUAAUAUGUAUUUCUCUAUCUUGGGUGACCCUAACAGGAGCUCACCCCUGCUGGCAUGUCUCUCUAAGUGAUCAGUGCAUGCAGGCCUCCCCACAUUAGGUUGACCCAGGGGGAGAUCUGUACUCAAUUACUGUCUCCUAAUUUCUGGAUAUACUGUCAUUAAUUUGGAUUUAAAUUGUAUUGAGAAGUCGUUUGAAGAUACCAGACAGAUUUGUUUCCAUAAUUUAAACCUGCUUUCACAAAUACAUGUUAUUUUUAUUGUGAUAGGCAACAUAUAUUUUAUAUUGGUUUUUAUAUAAUAUUGUUACUUAAAAAUUUGUACAAGAUCUUCCUAUUGAUUAUGUGAUAAGUUAAUACCCACUUCCCUGUGUUUUCAAAAACUAGACUCUCAACAAGUAAUUCCUUUUAAAUAGCAGAUUCGGGGUUUCCUCUAUUAGAAUGAGUUAGUAGACUCUCCAUUUCGAGUUAAG